AUGAAGUUGAGGAAAUCAAGUAUGUUCCUAAGGAAAACGAGGGCUUUGAAGAAGAGGAAGAAGCAGAAACUCAAUCUGAAAAUGAAGUCUCUUCUUCAGGUGGCAGUGAAGGGGAUGCAAGAAGUGCUACUAACCCUGGAAGAGGAUGGGGUAGAUCUGGCGACUACUCUUAAGAUUACAUAUUAUUAUCGACGUGGGAAGAAACUUGAUUACAUUUAUGAUUACACUCUGCCUACUCCCUUUGAGCUCAAAGAGUUUGAACAAUCACAAAGAUUGCUAGUCGUUGUUGUUUCUCCAGUCUUUCUCUCAACUCUAGACAACGGUACAGUAGAAAGAACACUUGGAGAAAUACCUUCAACGGGACCGGUUCUUUAUGUGAUGUUGUCUCCUACAGUGCUCUCAUUGAAACAUUAUGCAGGGCGUCAAAGAUUAGGAAGGCACAACCUCGGAUUGGAGACUACCGAGGUUGUAGACUAA